AUGACAACACGUACCGAAAAGUUCCAGCGCAAACCUCGCGACGCUGAUGCCGAACCAUUAGAGGCUGAGGAGUUUCUAAGAUUUUCUCCUGAAGAAGAAGCUUCACUCCUCGCCGAAUCUAACACGCUAAAGGCCUCUGCCAAUACUCUAUUUUCUCAGAAAUCAUACAAAGAAGCCAUCGAUACCUAUGAAAGCGCAUUAUCGACGUGUCCGAAAUAUUUAGAAUAUGAGAGAGCGGUAUUGAAAAGUAAUGUGGCGGCUUGUCAUUUGAAAUUAGAGGCGUGGAAGGAAGCUGCCAAAGCAAGUUCAGAAGCUUUAGAUGGGCUAGAGAAGCUGCAGAAAGAUGAGGCGACGGAUAAGAAAGAAGAUGAGGAUGAGAAUGCAGGAAAAGAGAAGGUAAAAGAAGAGGAAGAGGCAGACGAGGAAAUCAUCAGUGAGGGAGCUACAAAGGCGGAGGAUACUAGAGGAAAAAGCAUCGGUGAUGCGAAAGAGAGUCGAGCAAAAGACAUUGAGAGAAUAAGAGCGAAAGCUUUGAUGAGAAGGGCGAGGGCUAGGAGUGAACAGGACGGAUGGUCUACUUUAGCUGGUGCUGUGGAAGAUUACAAACUCCUUUCAACCUUUACCAACCUCUCCGCCAUAGACCGCAAAACAGUUGAAACACAACUUCGUGUUCUACCGCCCAAAAGUAAAGCAGCUCAAGACAGAGAAAUGGGCGAGAUGAUGGGGAAAUUAAAGCAGUUCGGAAAUGGCAUACUGAAGCCAUUUGGAUUAUCCACCGAUAAUUUCCAGAUGGUCAAAGAUGAGAAGACUGGUGGGUACAGUAUGAACUUUAAUCAAGGAGGGGAUUCAUGA